AUGUCACGAACAAAUGAGGUACGAGGUCAGAAUAGUGAUAAAACCAAUACGUGCAAUGAGUCGAUCGACGUUGACAAUAAUAAUAAUGAAGAGCAAAGCUCCAGCAAGUCAAAUAAAACAAACAAAUCGGGUAAGAGCCAUAAAGUGCCAAAAACCGUUCAUUUUGAUAAAGAAAAAUCGGAUAGUGCGGAAAAAAUACCUAAACGCGAUAAAAUAGAUAAUGAAAAAGCGGACAAGUCAAAGAAAGUGGUUAGAGUCGAUAAAGCUGAUUCGGAUAAAACGGAAGAUUCUGACGCAAAACAUGGUUCGUGUAGUGCGGCGAAAAAAAGCAAAUCCGAAAAUAAGAAAGACGAGGAUGUCGACGAAACGUCCAAUAAACCUGAAACACCGGAAAAAGAAAAGACAAAGCAUUCGAGGAAAGAUAAGAGCCCAGCAGAAAAGUCUAAUUCGAAAGAGGACAAGGAGAAAAAGAAACCGAUGGCAGAUAAUACAGACAACGUUGAAAAUGAACCACCAAGCGUGGUUGAAACUCACGAGCAACAAUCAGCGAACAAACAAUCCGAAGUGGAAUCGGCAGACUCGCAUCAAAUGUCCGCAAAUGCGCUCGCAAGCGAUGCAAUAAAUAUGACAAAGUCACCAUUGAAAGAAAUGCCAGAGUUGAAACGCAUAUUGAAACGUCGCAAAUCGAUGAUGCCGACGGCGAGUAAACCGCUAGUCGAUAAGUGGGAACUUUUUGGUGGUGUCAGUCUCAAUUACGAGGAUGUCGUCGACCAUCGACGAGAACAGCAACAGCUCAACGCUAAUGACGAGGUGACGGCUGAGAAAAUUAAAGUUGCGCAGUCCUCUCAGCAACGUGUCAAUAGAAAUUUGGCCAUCAUGUUUCAAAAGACCAGCGACAAUUGCAGCAUCUCAACGCAAAAUAUUUUGGCCGACAAGCGGCGAUCGCGGCUGAACGAGCCAGGGGCAAAGACCGCAGUUGAGAAUCUGCUCCCACCACCGCCCAAGAAGAGGUCAAGACGCAGUGAGCUGGAAAGGCUCAACGAUGACAUUGCCCAAAUGUUUUAUGCAAACGAUGUGAUUCGCGCCACCGGACGUCGGGCAUGCUCCGCUCAACGAUGCUGGAGCAGCACAACGCCAACCAAAAAACUUCGAGUGCGUGUUGCACGUUGUGCGCAAUUAGAGCAAAUGCUCAAAUGUACGAAGAAUGCGAAUAUGCCCGCGGCCAAUAUAAAAGCGGCAGCCAAGCGCUUGAUUGCACGUCACAAGAGUGAGAUUGCGAAGCUUAAUAAAAAGAAACAGUCGCCAACACCAACUCGACCGGACGAGGAGCAGCUGCUUCUGAUCAACGAGUGCAAGCUGGAACAAAACGAAUAUCUACAGAGCUCUUCACAGGCUGCGCGAGUUAAAGGCGCUACGAUACCGCCCGCAGAGGCAGAGUCGGAUUCAGACGUAGACGUAGAAGUAAAGCUCGAUGUGGACGACACAUCAUCGCCAAAGCUGGAAGUAUCAAUUGCUAUAUCGGCGACGCCAAUUCCAAGGGAAUUAUUGGCUAAUGAGAGCGAUGCGGAAGAAGAACCAUUAUCAACAGCUGAAGAGUUAAUAAGGAACGUAGAGCAAGAUGAAGUACCGGAAGUGAAUAAGUUGAAGAGUCGCGGAAGUCGCUCCUCUACGUCGAGCAGCACCAAUAGCAUCGGAGGUGCUAGCGGCAGUAACAUCAAGGGCAAACCCUCAAAUUCACUCGACCACAGCUCCCUCGAAAGCGAAGUUCCCGAUCUAAAUUCCCAACCUGAAGUGAUAGUCGACCUGCCAUCAGCGCCUACGGUAUGGCCAUCUGAAACCGAAGUAAUCCCCUUACAGUAUAUGAUUUGUGUGCAGAAUGUUGCAUUCCGUUUGCUAAGCCCACCGAUCCUGAAGCCUGCAUAUUAUUGCCGAGUUCCAGACUGCUUAUUUCUCUUCUCGAAUGAGAUAGAAGGUCUGGAAAAUCAUUUUACACGCAGUCAUCCGUCGCUGCGUUGGAACGGCAGCUGUACUGAGUGCAGUCUACCCGUCAAGGAAGUGCCCGAUAAUUUGAGCAUUCGCGAGGAGCUGCGGCAUAUGGUGCUAGUGCAUGUGGAUGAAAUUGUGGCGCCUAAGCCACCGGAGCCGGCUGUUGAAGUUGCGCCACCAAAACCUGUGCUGCCCAAGCUGCGUGUGCGUCGUUUCACGGGAGAUCGCCUAGUCCCAGAGGCCGAACAAGCAAUCGAAAUCGAACCGGAAGCUGUGCCCCGAGAACCCGUUGUUGAGAAUACAAUUCUUAGGAGUUUGUUACUCGCCCAAUCGCGUCCGCCAAGUCACCAGCAACAGCAGCUGAACGCCGCCGGUGUCGGAGAGUUUCUGUGCGCCAAGACACCGCCAACGACUGUGGAUGUGCCCGAUGUUCUAAAUCGCGACGCGGAAUUGGGACUCCAAAUCAAUCAUGUAUAUAGUCUCGCCGAUACAUCCAUUCCCCUCAUAACGAGCGAGACGGUGCCAUUACCUGUCGCCACCAAUGAUGACUACGUCAUUACCCAGAGCCUUACCCAAAACUAUGAGGGUCCCAUUCCGACGGAGAUCAACAUAUCUAUUAAACCCCGACUGACACGUUCACCACCAAGGAAAGAUCGCACACAAAUCGCUGGCAACCGAUUCCGUUGUAUGGCGCCCAAUUGCAAUUACUGCUCUCACACAGUUAUGUGCAUACGGGAGCACAUGAAGUUCCACAGCUUCAGUUUUGGACCGAAGGAUUAUCUGCAAUGCUCCUAUUGCAGUCAUGUCAGCAAGGAUGUCGACGAAUAUGUUCAGCAUGGUGUUCUCCAGCACGGUUUGGCCAGUCGCGAGGAGCUGCAGGAACCCAAUUUGUCCACCUCUGGCAUAAGGUGUUCCCCCGAAGAAGCGAUUCCGGAUGUUCGGCAACCGAACCAACAGGAGCUCAUCACCACAGUCGAGGCAUCGACAUCAGCCCAAAGAGUCGCUCAGCCAAAUACCGACGAGGUUGAGUUGCCUAUUGCGCCGGCAAAGUUGCCGAUAGCUAGAAGACAAAUGGUGGUCAAGCCACUCUUUCACUUUGUGCGCAAGGAGAAACGCUACAAGUGCGGUGUACCCGACUGUGGCCAGCAUUUCGACACAGAGCUGGGGUUGAGCCAGCAUCUGAGCACUCAGCACAGCUGUGGAGAUUGCUUUAAGUGUCCGCACUGUCGCUAUGUGAAUCAUUUUCUAACACUGGAGAAAGUGCUGGAACAUUUGAAGUAUCAUAAGAGAUACGUUUAUCAAUGCGGUGCGUGCAGCUCGUUUGCGCCAAAACGCUCCAUAAUCGAUCGCCAUAUUCACAUGAAGCAUGCCUCAAAGUUGGGCGAUGAUGUCAAUGUGAUUAUCCAUAAGCGUGAUGAUUUGACAAUGCACACCAAGAUAGCGGAAGUUCGUUGGUUCAAGUCGUGUAAUGCAUCUGCAUCGACCGAUGAAUGGUUCUGUAAUCUAUGCCACUCUGUGUUCGCCACCAAGCAUCAGAUGAUUGGACACACGGCGGUGGCACACCAGCGUAUGUAUCAGUACUGCUGUCCGUAUUGCGAAUACGGCUACAAGGAUCUCAUGAGAAUCGUAAAUCACAUACGUCGUAGCCAUGCCAGCAAACGCAUCCAGCCGCUGCAAUGUUAUCUGCGCAUCAAGUGCAAAAAUCGCCAGACACUCGGUUUUAUUUGCAACACAUGCCAUGCGGCGACCUACACCUUAUACAAGAUGGGCAAUCACUGUCUGCAGAAGCAUUUGAAUCGCUAUCGGUACAAGUGUCGCCACUGUGACUUUGGACAUACUAAACAUCGCCACGUCGCCGUUCAUAUGACGCAGGAACAUCCCGGAUUGCCAGGUCUACCCAUUCAGAAGUUCGAUCGCUUGUCCAACGACAUGCUCGACGAUGACUUUUGGAACAUGGCCCAAAUAUUUUCGUCAAAGGGUCACGUUGAGCCACCUGAGGCAAUCGCUUCCAAUAACCAUGCGCAUGGCAUUCAGAUCUUUGAACCCAUCGAGUUGUCGUCGGAUGAAGAGGACCUAACAAAUAACGCUGCAUCUGCUCAGAAGCAGUACGAAUUCGCGUGCUCGCAUUGCACGGAGACGCGUCACAACAUUGAUGAACUGAGAUCGCAACACUGGGCGAUCAAACAUCCCGACCAUCCCUUCUACUUCUGUGUGCAACCGCAGCUGUGCUGUCCGGUGUGCUACGGCUUCAAAGGGAGUGCCAAAGCACUGCUGCAGGAGCACUUGCCGAAUGUCCAUCAUCACCGCACGUUGGUGGCCUGCGAUGUGAGUCAAAAACGCGAAUGCGGCUACUGCGACAAGACGUACAAAGAGUGGCCAGAGUUGGUGCAACACAUGACAAUCGAGGCGCAUCUGGCCAACGAUCUAAAGAAUCUAACAGAUGGCGAACUAAACGAACUGAUCGAAAUGGGAAGCACCGAGAACGAGUAUUAUCAAUGUAAUCUGUGUCGGGUAUUGCUGCCAUCGAGUGUGGCUAUUGCGCAACAUGGAACCGUGGAGCAUUCGGAUGCAGAGGAGACAUUUAGCUUUCGACUGGUGAAGAACACGAUCAUCUAUCACUGUUCGUUCUGCAUGUACGCCUCAGUGGAUGAGUUGGAAACGUUGCGUCACAUGCUCGAUCAUUGCAAACGCUUUGGCACCUGCCACUUGUGCGCCGAGCACUUGAACAGCGGCUUCGAUGAGUACAUACAGCACUGCUAUUCAAAUCAUCGCGAUCAAGUGGAUAACUUUGAUGUCAUCCAUCCGUAUGAUGACCUGAAGAAGUUCCUCAUGCAGGUGCUGUAUCAAUUCCAAAACGGACUCAUCAUCAGCAAGAGCAGCCUACGCGACACUCGCUUCAGUCACGAACGUGUCAUCCAGCAGCUGUACAACGAGCUGCGCAGCAAGGGCAAGCCGCCAAUACCGCGAAUGCUUUUCAGUCAGCUGCCUCAGAUUCAUCAACGUCGCAAGACAUUUAAUCACAACAAUCUGCAGCAGUUGCUUCCACAACAUCAACACCAACAGCUGGCGGCGCGUCACGUCAACAAACCCAACAAGCGGCAGCAAAUCCAGCCGACAUCCUCGACGGUCGUCGCUCCCCCCAAGCCGCUGCCCAUUCUGCAACGCAUCGCCAAGCGACGCAACACUUUUGUGGACCCCGGCCAAAUGUUUUAG